CACGUGCCCCAUGGCGACAACCCCCACCAGCCCGACUGGCAGAGCCCAGAACCGCCCCACGGUGCUCACCCGCGGAACCCGCGCCCCCGCCAGGAAGCAGCAGGUGCCACCAUACCCCCUGGUGAUGGGGGACCCUCAAACCACCCCCCACCUCCAGGCCCUACUCCAGGACACCCAGCGCCAGGCCCUGCUCAUCCAACAGAUCUCUCCGGAGCCCGGCGCCCGCCCCCCCAUCCUGCAGCUGCAGCCCCCGGGCGUGCUGGUGGUGAGGUCCCACCACGGCUUGACACACGGGAUGAACAUAACGGGCAUGGAGUGGAUUCCGAGGGACCCACCUGCCCCCCGCUAUGCCCCCCACUCCCCAGACCGGUCCCCCCCACAGCGCUGCCCCAGCCCCAGGGACCACAGCGGGCAGCAUGAGAGACGCCCCCGGCAGGACGCGCUCUGGGCACAGGACAAGGCAGCCCAGUGUCAACGGCAGAGGGAGCUGGUCGAGCACCUGGAGGAGCAGCUGGAGCGGGAGCGGCGGCGCCUGAGGGCCAUGCAGGCCCAGCUGGCCAUGACGGAUGCCAGGGACCGAACCCUCGACCCAGCAAUGUCAGCGAAGGGCCAGCACUGCCCCUCCCAACCCCCCACCCCCUCGGGCUGGACCCGGGCAGAAGCCGCCCUCCCUGCCCAGAAGGGGGCGCUGCAGACACCACUGACCCCCCAGACCCACCCCUGGGUCAGCCACGGCGCAGGUGUCUGCUCAGACCUGGGCCCCACGCUGGAGUUUUAUCGGCUCAGCAGGGCCCGGCCGCCCUUUACCUACGCGAUGCUGAUCCGCUGGGCUAUUCUGGGAUCCCCCCACCGGCAGCUGACGCUGAACGAGAUUUACCAGUGGUUCAGCCGCAUGUUUGGCUACUUCCGCUACAACACGGCCACCUGGAAGAACGCCGUGCGACACAACCUGAGCCUGCACAAGUGCUUCGUGCGAGUGGAGCACGUGAAAGGCGCCGUGUGGACCGUGGACGAGGCCGAGUUCCAGAAGAAGCGGAGCCAGCGACCUCCCCCGUACGGUGCCCCGGGGUGGGCGGGGCCUCCCGCGAGCCACGCCCCAGAGGGGGGGUCGGCAUGGGGUGGGCAGGGCCCCAGCCAUUAGCCACGCCCCCAGGGAUCCAGCAGGGUGGGCGGGGCCCCAGGCAUUAGCCACGCCCUGGGGACCAGCAGGAGAGGGCGGGGCUC